CCUUUAACCUGGGAGAGCUGACCCUAGAGGUGUUGUAGCAAAGCUCAUCUUUAACCUGCUGGAAGAGCUGACCCUAGAGGUGUUGUAGCAAAGCUCAUCUUUAACCUGCUGGAAGAGCUGACCCUAGAGGUGUUGUAGCAAAGCUCUGCUUUAACCUGGAAGAGCUGACCCUAGAGGUGUUGUAGCAAAGCUCCCCUUUAACCUGGAAGAGCUGACCCUAGAGGUGUUGUAGCAAAGCUCCCCUUUAACCUGGAAGAGCUGACCCUAGAGGUGUUGUAGCAAAGCUCCCCUUUAACCUGGGAGAGCUGACCCAAGAGGUGUCUCCUGAGCUGCUGCAGAGGGAGAAGGUGGAGUUUACUGAGGCUAAAUUGAAGAACAGGACACUGACGACAAGAAUUUAAAUCAAUUAAAAAUACAGGUGGAUUGCUGCACACACAAAGACGACACUGCAGACAGUAGACUGAAUCACUGUAUAAAUACGUUAAUGCCUGGUGUUUUUCACACUCUCUUUUGUUGUUUACAUAAAACAAGUUCUUUAUGCUUUUUAAGAACUGAAAUGUGUAUUUUGGGCAUUCCUUUAUUUGUUUAUUUAUUUUAUGUGUGCUUAGUUUGCACAUGUUCAGUCCAGAAAUGAUUUUGUCAUUACCCCAAUGUAUUGAACAAAUACAAAUACUGUGAACAACCACUUUUAGCCUUUCCAGGAAUAUUUUCCCCUUCUGUUACACAUGCAUCAUGACAUGUCGUAGAUCAAAUUGUCUUUUUAAUGAGUAUUUCAGAAUCACUGUAUCAUACCAUUGUUAUCAUGGACAAAAUUGUAUUGUAGUUUGUAUUGGUGUAGGCCUACACCAGAGUUCAAUGUAAUUAUUCUUGCCUCACUGAAUGCCACAAGGUGUCCUCCUUUUUGGUGAUAUGGAAAUGGCCACCUUAUUGGUCGCGGUUAUAUAUUUUAACCGGGUUGGACCAGGUUCUACAGAAAAUGAAACACCGAUGCGCUCGGGGUUGGCUCUGUUUGUUGACGAAACGUCAAGUUCCAACUGCGCGUUGCGCGACAGCCUAGCCUAAUCCUUGCUUUUUGCAUUUCACUUUUCACAUUAUCCAUUCAUUAAGUCCACACUGUCUUUGUAAUCCUUGGAAUAUGUCAAAAUACGACAUAAUGCUUAUUUAGCAAGUGACUAUAGAACUUCAAAAAGUCACAUACCACUUGUUUUUCAUUUUCCAUUUCACUUCCAAAAUAGAAUAGCGCUCAGUUCGAAACCCAACAUCCAAAUAAAUGCAAAAGUACACAGACACUGACUACAUGAUAAUCAUUUAUUUUCCUUGGGCAGGCCGCUAAUCUGGCUCUGGCUCUAGGAAUUUGGAACUAACCAAUGUCCCUCAUGGUUAGAUAUCAGAUAUCGGCCUAAGCUCUUCAUGGUUGUGUGUGAACUGGAGAUAUCCAGUUCAUAAACCCUGAAUUUCAAGUUACGUCUGUGCCAGGCCAGCUCCUGAAUGACUUUCAUUCCUGUGUGUGUGUGCGUGCGUGCGUGCGUGCGUGCGUGCGUGCGUGUGCGUGUGUGCGCGCAGGUGGAGCACAAGCAGCUGUAUGGUCCCAUCUGGCGUUCCUGCUUCGGGCCGUUUGACAUCGUUAACGUGGCGACCCCCGAGCUCAUCGCCCAGGUGAUCAGACAGGAGGGGCGCUAUCCUGUCCGCACGCUCCUGUCACACUGGAAGGAGUACCGAGACCUGCGGGGUCAAGCCUACGGACUUCACGUGGACACAGGCCCUGAGUGGUCCCGGCUGCGGAGUGCCCUGAAUCCCAAGAUGCUGAAGCCCCAGGAGGUGACGGCGUUCGUGCCAGUCAUCCACGACGUCGUCGGCGACCUGCUGUCCCGCCUGGAGACGCUGCGUCUGCGCAGCCCCGACCACGUCACUGUCUGUGACCUCGCCGCCGAGCUCUACAAGUUUGGCUUCGAAGGGAUUUCGUCUGUCCUGUUUGCAACGCGGUUGGGCUGCCUUCAGGAGGACAUUCCCACGGAUACGCUCCGCUUCAUCAACGCCACCAGCGACAUGCUUCGACUGUCCGAAACGGUGAUCUUCCUCCCGCGCUGGACCCGAGCCUUCCUGCCCUUCUGGAAGCAGUUUGUGCAGGCCUGGGAUGACCUCUACGACGUCGCUCAGCGUCUGAUAGAUAGGAAGGUGGAGGAGAUGGAGUCCAAAAUGAGUGUUGGAGAGGAAGUGGAGAGUGUGUAUCUGAUGCACUUGCUGUCCAGCGGCAAAGUGACCAAAGAGGAGGUCUACAUCACCAUCACAGAACUGCUACUUGGAGGAGUGGAUACGACCUCCAACACACUGUCCUGGACGCUGUACCACCUGGCGCGGGACCCUGAGGUGCAGGACAGGCUGCGACGGGAGGUGACGGACGUGUGCCCGGACAGACGUUUGCCCACCUCGGACGACCUGGCACACAUGCACUACCUGAAGGCCGUCAUCAAAGAGACCCUCAGGCUGUAUCCCGUUGUCCCGGGCAACGGCCGUGUCACUCUGGAGAAUGACGUUGUUGUGGAUAAUUACUGGUUUCCUAAAGAGACCCAGUUCCACCUGUGUCACUAUGCGGUGAGCCACGAAGAGGGUGAGUUCCCGGACGCGGAGCGCUUCACGCCGGAGCGUUGGCUGCGGGGGACACCGACGCGCUCGCAGCAUCACCCCUACAGCUCCAUCCCGUUCGGAGUGGGCGUCCGCGCCUGCGUGGGCAAGAGACUGGCCGAGCUGGAGAUGUACUUCGCCCUGUCACGGAUUAUGCAACAUUACCACGUUCGACCAUGUGAGGGCGCCAGUGUCAUUCAGCCCAAGACACGGACUCUCCUUAUACCGUCUCAGCCAAUCAACUUGCGGUUCCUCCCAAUCGCCUGAAGGGGGAACUCAUGUCACCUGUUCAGUGAGAUUGCAGCAGUAGCCUGGACUACUGCUCUGAGACCACUAAGGGAAGACAUAUCACAGAUCUGACCAAAUCACAUGGACACCACUGUUUCACUAACACCACCAUUCAAAUACACUGUGUACACUCUCUCUGCGGGACACAACGUUUAGUGUUCAGUUUUGAACCAGUGCACACCAGCAAAGGGGGAUGAACACCAUGAACAGACAGAGAUAAAUAAGGUCACUAACUGCCCACAUGCCCAUGGCAGUGCCUACAUGCCCAUUGCAGUGCUGUUGUGUGGAGACCGCUGACAUGCCAUGACGCAUGAUCGGGGCAUUUGGACGACAGGGGUCAGUGACUAAGUUGCCCUCUGAUAGGUCCCAACACUGAGCUCACUGCGUCAGCAUCACCACAACAUUCCGGGAGGGAUGGACUGGAAUAUGGACUUUCACGGAACGCCGUUUCCUUCAUCCCAUUCCACCAACUCAUGCACUUUGUUUGAAAUGUUUUAACAGAUUCAAUGAUAUUAUAGUUUCCUUUUUGAGCUCACUGUG